AUGGCUAGCCAGAAAAUUCGAGAACGCGCCGAAACCGCUCUAGAGUACGCGAAAGAUCUACUGUUGGACGACGAAAAUGAGGAUGAGGACGACAUGUUUGAAGACGAUGAAAAUGAGAGUGAAAAUUGUAGCAAAGAGCAAGAUGAUGAUGGAGAUGGAAAACCGGAAGCUGAAGAUGAAAAGUGCAAAGAAUCAAAAUCGGAUAAAGAUCCCAAAGGCAAGAAAUCAUCCAAAGGCAUGGCUAAAAAGGCGAAAAGAUUGAUGGACAUUGUAAUGGAUCCGUUUGGUUCCAAAUUUCAAUGGAAAAUCAACUUCAAUCUAGGCGUAAAUGCAUCAAACCAGAAAGAGCAGCAAGCGCAAAAAACGGAUCAAAACGCCGGUACAUCUGGUACUAAAGCGCAGAAAACACCCGAUAAGAAGCGUGAUGACGAAUCUUCAUCGCCCGAUGCGAAGAAAAUUAAAAGUCUGGAAAAGGAUAACAAAGAACUUCAAAAACUUGCGAGCAAAUUUCUUGACGGAUGUAUUCGUUUAGAAAAAAAAUUGUCAGAGCUUUCGAAGAUGGAGGGACAAUGUUAUGCAUUACAGGCCGAUAAUGAUCGACUCAAGGGAGAAUUACAUGAUGUGCAAAAACUACAACAAGAUUUGACGUUCCGCUUGGAAUCACAAAGCGAGAAGCAUCGGAAUGAAGUCAAUCGGUUUCAAACGGAGCUUAAAAAUGCCACGGAUUCAUUAAAACAGAUGAAAUUAACGCACCAAAACCAAGUGGAAGAAUCGUGUCGAUUAAAGAAUGAUUUGGAAAGUGUUUCGAAAACUAAAGAAAAUUUGAAGCAGAAGAUGGAGCAGCAGGAGGAAUCGUAUCGUAUGGAAUUGGCCAAACUCAAGGAAAGCUUGCAACAAUCAACAACAGAAAACACCGACCUUACUGAUCGUGUUCAUAAGCUGAGCGACAAUUUACAAACAACAGCAGAGCAGAUAAAGGAGGUGAAGCUUCAAAAUACGAAACUGAAGCAAGAACUAAACGCGACAGAAAAUGAAAAACAAAAAAUCAACCUACGCUUAGGUGCUUCGAAUGAUAAAAUAGUUGAACUGAAACGGGCAAUACAGAUUCUGGAAUCGAAUCCUUUCACGACCACUACUGCCCAGUUACAAAGCGACGGAGCAUACUCUUGCCCCUUGUGUGGAGCGCAGUUUGACAGCUUGGCUAAUAUGCAACUCCAUGCAGAGGAUUGCAAUGGAUAGAUAUGUUGCAAUGUACAUAGCACCACCAGGGGCGACCCCCGGUGGCAUGAUGGUUGAGGCAUCGGUCUUCACACGAACGGAGACUGGACCAACAUCCUACCCGGACCCAAUCCCCCGAGGCAAGGAUUGACUAUCCGGCUAUGUGGUAAAAUGAAUCUAGUAGCCAUUUCUAGGACGUUACGCCAAAAAGAGAGUGAGAAGAGCAUCAUCCAUCUAUUUUUAUUCUACUGAAUAAUUUGUGUGUCAAUUUUUGUGUUUGAAACGUCGUAAAAAAUACAUUCAAAAAAGCUUAUCUGACAAUCUUUCGUUUUCUCGUGGUAGCUACAUUUGUUACCAGAUGUGUUUGGAAUUAUUUUAAAUUUGUUCAUCUCUUUUGAAAGCGAUCUUUCGGAAAAGACGAUUCUUAUUUUUUUUUCGCGAUUGAAGUAAUUUAUUGUUCACCAGAAGUUAGCGCAGAGCAGAAGAGACUGUGUAUUCAGUGUGCAGUAUGGUUGAUCAAGAAACCACUCUAGAAUACGCGAAAGAUCUACUGAUGGACGACGAUAACGAGGAUGGAGAGGACUAUGGUGGAGAUGAUGAAAGAGAGAGUGAAAAUUGCAACGAAGAGGAAGAUGAUGAUGAUGAUGGCCAAGAUAACGAAAAGAAUACUGACGGUAAAAAGGUCAAAGCUAAGGUAACGAAGCCGUAGAAGAAUGGUGUAUAUUUUUAGCAGUAAUUCUUUGCUACUUAUCGAAUUUUUGUAGCACCCCAAGAGCAGGAAAUCAUCAGCUAACUAUUUUAUUAUCUUUACGUUUUUAAUAAUAAUAGUAAAAGAAUAC